AUUAAUUCGUGGCAGUCGUGUGUUGAAAUCACACCGACUUUGAGCAGACACAUUAAAUAAAGAUUUUUUUUGUAGACUUCGCGUGAAUUUUUUUAUUUAAUUUUUUUUUAAAUUAUUUUGACGCUUAUUUAAUUGGGAAGGAAAAUAAUAAAAUUGUGAUAUCGUGUUAUGUCUUAAAUAUCUACAGGUGUAUGUUAAAUACAAACAAAUUGGUUGGCAUUGAAAUCAGCUACAAACAGGCGGUUUCACUGCGCAAAUAAGUACGAUGAACCAAACUUUAUUGAAAUAAACUAAUUAUUUCGAUUGAAAAUAUGUAUUAAAUCGAUUUGAAAGACAUUUUACCGACAACAAAGAGUGCGGCCGAUACAUGCACAGGAGAGUGGCAUAUUUUUUUAUAUUAGAGAUAUUUCGUCUUUUGUACCUGAAGAGAAGGAGGAUUUGUAGUGUAAGAAGCUACUAAGCUAUCAAAUCAUAGUCACAAUGAAGGUGCCCUUGGCUAUUCUGGGAACAUUUCUGGGCUGCUGUUCAAAUGUUAUCUUUAUGGAAUACACAAUUAAAAUGGAUCCAGGAUCGGGGAAUCUAGUUUCAUUUGCACAUUUUGCAUUCAUCGCCCUGGAAGGGUUUAUAUUCACCUCAAAAUUUGGCACACAAUCGCUUCGCAUCGAUUAUAAAAGUUACGUUGUUUUAGUGGCAAUGUUUUUCGUAGUACAUGUUUGCAAUAAUUUUGCGUUUGACUUCAACAUUCCAAUGCCAUUACACAUGAUUAUACGAGCGGGUUCGUUGAUUGCAAACAUGAUAAUGGGCAUAAUAAUCUUAGGCAGGCGUUACGCUUUCUCCAAAUAUUUGUCAGUUUUAUUGAUAACAUUGGGUAUUGCCAUUUGUACCAUUGUCUCUGGGAGCAACAUUAAAAGUACCGCCAAUCCAGAGUUGGGACUCGAGGACACAAGUGGCUAUUCGGUGUUUUUCUGGUGGGUGUGUGGCAUUACCCUCCUAACUCUUGCACUAUUCAUAUCGGCCCGAAUGGGAAUUUAUCAGGAAGUUUUGUACAGACAACACGGAAAGCAUCCACGUGAAGCACUUUAUGUCACCCAUGUACUGCCGUUACCCGGAUUUUUGCUGUUGUACAACAAUAUUGCGGAGCACAUAGUGAUAGCGAAUGCAAGUGAGCCGGUAUCAGUCCCAGUGCUUGGUGUAUCGAUCCCAAUACUAUGGGCCCUCAUGAUUGCAAAUUGUUUGACGCAAUAUUUAUGCAUCAGUUCGGUAUUUGUACUAACAACCGAGUGCAGCUCAUUGACCGUCACAUUAGUGGUUACGUUGCGAAAAUUUAUAUCGUUGCUGUUCUCAAUUGUUUACUUCAACAACCCGUUCACCAUUUACCAUUGGAUUGGCACGCUAUUAGUAUUCCUCGGCACAAUGAUUUUCACAGAAAUGUUGCCAUCGUUCACUAACAAACCAGAUGCGACAGCCGCCAGCAAAAAAUCAAAAUAAAUUUAUAAAAUACGCUUUUUCACCUUUGUUAGGUGUCUGUGAUUUAAAACAUUCGAAGAGAUGAUGCAAUUUGAAGGAAAUUUAAAACUGAAUGCUCGAGACAGAAUGCGAGAAUUGAAAUUUUUUCCGACAAUUUUUUUCGGUCUCGCAUUUAUUCUUGGGCAUUCAAUUAGGUAUCAAUAGUAAUUAGUGUAUUACUAAAAUUUAGUAACGUGUCAUAUACAAUUAUAAAAAAAAAAAUAAAAAAAAUUAAAUUUACUCAUUUAAGGAUUUUAUUUUCUAGACGUCAAACAUAUGUGUAGUAAAAAUAAAUAACUAAAUCAACAGGUGCGAACAGGUGGUUGAAAUUGUACAGGGUAUUGGCAUAUUUUAUAAAAAAAGUCGUCGAUACAAUUGGUAACAUUUUUUCAAGAUUGUAAAUUUUUCAUUUUUAGUAAAAAAAAAUUACAAAAAAAAAAUUAUGAGAUUCUUUAAUUUUAAAAAUAAACUGAUAUUCAGGGUAGGCAAAUUAGAUGGGAAAAAAAUCGAAAAUUUCAAAAAUCUAUUAAAGACAAAAGUCAGAGCGUCUAUUUAUGAAAUUGGGAAUACCGUCCAAUUCACCAAUGGGAGUUAAUAAUAUGGGACCAUUCAAGUAAUGUUGGAUCGCCCAUAGCCCUGCCCUAUUGGUGAUCAGCAUUAUUUGAUCGGGUUUUAUUGGUAACUAAAAGCUGUUCUUAAUAGCAUCAAAUUGAUACCAUCAAUAUGUGCUUUGUCAAAUAUACAGAAAGUUAACAUUUUUGCCCAAUUUAUUUUUAGAAAAUAAUUUAAUAAAAUUUAAAUGUUAAGAUACAGUAAAUUGAGCAAGCUAGACUGACUCA